UACAAGAUAGAUAUACAGACUAAGGGAACAUGAAGGCAGUCGUUUCUACUGGUAAGGCAUACUUCUGCACCAUUUUAUCAGCAUUUGCUGUUGUGAUAUUGUCAUUUCUUGGAUACUUAUUUCAAACUGGACAUGAAUCGAUGAUGGGAUCUAUCAAUGAUCCAAAAGACGGGGCAGCGGUGGCACAUACUAUCUUUAACGCAGUUUUCGUUUAUUUGGCAUUUUUGGUUUUCUGUGGGAUCCAAGUCUUGUUAAUUAGAAGACAAAACAGAAUUCAACUAUAGUUUUCACUUCAUUUAUUGUAUAAUAUAAGUAUAUUAUAGAAUCAUACUCUUAAAAGGAAUAAAUCACCCGC